AUGACGACAGCCGAUGAGCAUUUAUUUAAGGACGGACAGUGCAAUUAUGAUGGGUCUGGCGACAAGCCCUUACUGGAGAGGGUCUACAUCUGCUGCCCGAUGCAAGGUGACGUUCUGCCAAACAGCACGAUUUGCGGUCAAAGCAGUGGCGCUUUGCGAAUUGUUGGUGGCAAAGAGGCGGCUCUCAACGAAUUCCCCUGGAUGGCAAUGCUACUCUACAGAAAUGGCGCAAAAUGGAGGCAUUUCUGUGCCGGUUCCCUGAUCAACAACCGAUACGUCCUGACUGCAGCCCAUUGUGUGAUCGACGAGAGUUUACAAAGAAAUGGCUUCGUGCUGCAAGGCGUGCGCCUGGGCGAGCAUAAUAUCCGGACCAAUCCGGACUGCCAAGAUACAAAUGGGAAACGUCGUUGUGCCUUACCACAUCUGGAUAUCGGCGUGGAAAACUCAAUCGUGCAUAACAAUUAUAACGUCGUCGAUGGAAAGUACUAUAACGACAUAGCCCUGUUGCGUCUUCAAAAGCCAGUACGCUAUACCAGGGCGAUCCAACCCAUUUGCGUUCUGCCCGGCGCCAGUCUUACGACUCACUACUUUUCAAACUACCCCCUGCAAAUAGCCGGAUGGGGCGUUACAGGAGGAUCGGAUCCGAAUUAUAUACUCUCGCAGGCCAAAAUCAAGGGAAGAAACUCAUAUGAGUGCUCACGGCGCUACCCCAUUUUGGGGAUCAACACGACAGUUCAGUUAUGUGCCGGUGGGCAGGAUGGAUCGGACACAUGUACGGGGGACUCUGGCAGCCCGCUCAUGGCAUCCAUGGAACGCGGUGACGAAGAAUUCGUGUAUUUAGCAGGCAUUACUUCCUAUGGAGGAAGCAGCCCGUGUGGAGCAGCAGCUAUUUACACAAGGACUGAAAAAUUCAUUGAAUGGAUACAGUUGCAAAUACAGCCUUGA